UGUGUGUGUGAGGGUGUGCGGGAACUAGGGGGCCUAGCCUAGCCUAUGAUCGGAGAAAACACCUCAAAAUAAGCAUUUUAUGUGCAAACAACCAAUCUUAAUAUAAUUUUAAUAUUAUAAACAACAUUUUGAUUAGGCCUAUGACUAGGCCUAGUUAAGGAAAUAAAUUCAUGGGUUUGUUUUCAAUUUUGAAGUCAACAAUUUUUUUACAGAGUGGCUGCAGUUACGCCAAUGACUGCCCUCUCGUAGAGCUUGCGCUUAAAGUAUAGGAUGAAUGAAUUAUUUUAAAGGUUGGGGUCAAGUUAAUUCGACCAAUCAGCAUACUUGAAUUACCUCUCAAUCGGCGUAACAGCAGCCACAGCGAUUUUUUUAUUCAAUGUUAGAAAAUUUGUAUUCUGUUCAUUAUGUUUAAUACUAAACUCUGGGGACUAUGCACAGGCUGUGUAGGAGCCUGCAACAGUUUUGAAUUUUAAACUCAUUUAACGAAUAGGCCUAGGCCAGUUUUUUUUUUCUUUUUAUUUGCAAAUGUUAAAAAAUUUAGUUUGAUAUUGCAAUAGAUACAGAUUACACUCCACUGCAUAUAUAGAACAGAUAAAAUAUUAUUUAAUAUUCUUAUCAUACCAUUCAUCUAACAAAAUUUAUAAACUUUUUUUGGAAGGAAAAUGGCUGGUUUUAUUUAUUUUUUUUUUUCAUACAUUAAAUUAAACAUUCUUUCUUUUGUUCUUUUUUUCUUGUUAUUAUAGUGUAGAAAAAACCCUUCCCUCUCCAUAAUAAUAUUAAAAAUAAGAAAUGAUAAUGAUAAAUUAAUAAUUUAUAUAUAUAUAUUUUUAAAUAAAAGCUAAAAAUUCACCAAGUUUUUAUAUUUUCCUAGGCACAUAAAUUGGGAGUAUUCUUUGAUACUCGACAAGACUCAGAGGGUACUAGCAGUAGUACAUUAACUAACAAUGAGGAGAGUGCAACAGCUAGAAACCAGCCCAAAAUAAAUCAUUUCAUACACAAACAAGCAGAAGAUGCUUAUAGAAAAUUACUGAAGACAGCAUAUUUGUUGGCAGAAUCUGGAAACAUGCCGCUCACAAAAUUCAAAAUGUUGGUUAAAUGCCAAAAGGAGAACGGUGUUCAGCUGAUAGAAGGCUGUGAUGGUGGGAAAAUGGCUACCAAAUUUGUCAUUUGUCAUUCUAUGCAGUGCUACAGCGUUCUCAUUGUUAAGCGAUGGAUCACAGCCAAAAAAAACGGGGUCCGAGAAGGAGUUAGUUCUUGUGAGAACUACACGAAAAGGGAUCGCUGUCUAUUACACUAUAGCUCUCCAAGACAUUGACGAUUUUGUAAAUGCCAAUGCUGAUAACCUAAAGAGGUCGAUUGAUUUAGCAUUGAACUCAAAACUGAAGUUACCACAGGAAAGAUAUAUAAAUACCAUGGUAUCAGCUACUUCAGAUGGCGCAUCUGUAAAUACGGGUGUAUACAGCGGUUUACUAACUCAAAUGAAAAGAGAAAGAAGCUGGCUUGUCACUGUUCAUUGUGUUAGUCACAGAAUGGAAUUGGCGUUAAAAGAUUCACUCCUGAAAUACAAAGAAUUUUGUGAUGUGAAAGAUUUUAUGGUGUCCAUUUUUAACACAAUGAAGAGAUCUGGCAAACUUGCAAGAGAAUUUAAAAGCAUUGCCAAAACCAUUCAUGUUAAUAUUUAUACAUUUCCCAAGGUGCAUGGCACCAGGUUUUUAAACCAUCAGAGGAAAGGUGCAGAUGUAUUACUUAAUAAUUGGGUUCCCUUUGCACAAUGCAUAGAACAUGCAAUCUCUGAUAAGGGAUAUAGAGCAAUAAAGCCAAAGCUAAAAGGGUAUCUGGUAAAAUUGAAGAAUUUUUCAUUUUUUUCUUCGGUUUGCCUCUACAGGGACUUACUAGAAUUAGUGACACCCCUUUCACUUACAUUUGAAAGAGGAAAUAUUAUGGCUUUUGAGGUUGACUAUAAUGUCAAAAAAAUGAUUAAUGAACUGCAUGAUAUGGUAGCAGAUGAGUCUGAACCCUAUUUAAAUGUAAGUGAAAGGAGUACGUACAGUUUUGAAAUAGACAAUGAUGAUAAUGUCUUGAAAUGCACAUUGCCAAAACCUAAUCAUAUGAGACGAAAACCCGAAAACAGGGAGUACACCCAGUUAUAUUUGACAGAGAUGAUUCGCAUGAGUAAUAACACGCAUACAGCAGUACAAAGACUAAAAGAAAAAGUAAUUCCAGACAUACGUCAAUGCUUAAAAUCUAGAUUGAAGUCUUUUGAUGAUGAGUUCUACAGCAAGAUGUACUGUAUAGAUCCAGCAAACUGAGGGGAGGAGGCUAUUAAUGAUUGUGCUGAUGAAAUUAAUUCUAUAAUAUCACUCAGCAUUUUGAAACUACAUUGGCCUAUGCAGGUUUUGAUAACAGUAGAAAAACACUUCGCGGGGAAUGGAGGGACUUGAAAAUUGUAAUUAAAAAAUACUAUAGUCACUUUAAACCAUUGGAUAUGUGGCAGAGGGUCCUUGUAUAUAGGAAAAAUGAGUUCCCGAACAUAGUUAAGCUGGUUGAAAUAAUCUUGUGUUUAGGACCAAGCAAUUCAUCUGUUGAAAGGGCCUUUAGUUGCCUGACCAAUAUGUUGUCUGAUAAGCGAAUGUCUUUAAAUCACUCGACAAUGGAAAAUCUGCUUAUCAUAAAAAGUAAUCACUUAGCUUGGUCUGAAAGCGAUAAGGACGAAAUCAUAUCUAGUGCAUUACGAAAGCACAUGUCUGUAAAGAGAAAGCUCAUACUUAGCACAGCUGGGGUAAGAAAAAAGCAAAAGGACAGCGGACACACAAACCGAAUCAUCCUCAGGGUCUGAAAGUGUGCCCACAAACAAUGAGACUGACAACUUCAGACUCUGAUGAUGAUGAUGAUGUUAGUAUGUCUUCUGGUCCUUCAUCUAUUGUGGAGGCAGAAAAGGCUUCUGAUAGUGAUACAGAGAUAAUAGAUUCCGAUUUACUGUAUUGGGAAAUGAUGAAAAACAAAGUUGCUGUAUUUGCAGCUGUUAUAAAGUGAUGUUGUAUUAAAUAUUGUUCUGAAAAUUACUGUUACUGCCUAGUUUUGUUUGUGUAUAUUUUUUUGUAAAUUACUAACACAGUAAUAACUACGUCAUUCUCAGCUUGAAAUUUGUAUAAUUUAUUUUUCCAUCAACAAAAUGUACAAAAAAAAAUUUCUUUACAUCAGCAAAUUUGUACAAUUGUACACUAUACAAAAACAUUACUACAUCUUAAAGCGUUAACAGUUGCUCUUAGAACUAUUAUUAAUCUCGGUCUUUGCAAUAUGAAAUCUUAUGUUUUUUAACAGCUCGCCUAAAAAUCGCAAGAAGAGCGAUUUGAAACUCACCAGCAGCUCUCCUAAAAAUAUUAAGGAGAGCUAAUUGUAGCUCGCCUGCCAUUUUUAAAAGGCAA